AUGUCUUCCUCACCCAUAGCUCGAGCGGCUUUUUUCUUGUCUGCCCUCACGGGUCUCUCACAGGCUGCCACAUGCGUUGUCCCUUCCGCGGGAAAUUCAAAUGUUUCAGAUGUACCCGCGAUUAAAGCGGCAUUUGGCUCUUGCGGGAACGGGGGAAUUAUCCAGUUCCCAGCUGGGAAGACUUAUGCUAUCAACGAGCUCUUAAAGAUACAAGGAUGUAACGGGUGUGAAGUCCAAUUAGAUGGCACUCUCAAACUCAAGGCCGAUGUAUCGCUGUGGAACAAGCAGGCCCAGCCAUUGGCUUUUCAAACGUCCCAUCUAGCGAUCAUCGUUGACGGUGCCAAGAAUAUGAAGUUCCAUUCUCCUACUGGAAAAGGACUUAUCGACGGAAGCGGACAGAUCUGGUAUGAUCAGUUCCCUUCUAUUCGUCCUAUCCUUUGGACAACAGCUAAUUCUACUGGAGUAACUUAUGAUCGUAUCAAAAUGAUCAACUCGCCGAUGUGGUUCAAUCUUGUUACUGAUUCAUCAUACAUUACUUUCACGAACACAAUAUUAAACGCUACUUCGUCCUCCUCGAAACCUCCUAAAAAUACAGAUGGAUUUGAUACGUACCGCUCGAGCCAUGUAACAAUUCAGGACUUAUGGUAUAAUGGAGGAGACGACAGUAUUUCAUUUAAACCCAAUAGCACCGACGUUACGGUGAGGAAUGCCGUCGUCCUGGGCUCCCACGGUGUGUCCGUCGGUAGCAUUUCUCAAUAUCCAGGGGUGUACGAUAUUAUUAAGAACAUCUACGUUCAGAAUGUUACAUUUGGGAACGGCCUUGACGGUACAAAAUCUCAAAAUGGCGUACGUAUCAAGAGUUUCCCAGGCGGUUAUGGUUAUGGCAUGAUCAACAACAUCACGUACCAAGAUAUUGUUGUGAAGGAUGUCACGCACCCCGUGGUAAUCGACUCUUGCUACAUGGAAGACGCGUCUUACUGUUCUUCACACCCAGCUCAAACCAAUAUAACCGAUGUUCACAUUAAUAACGUCACAGGAACCUCAUCUGGUUCCACCGUUGUAUCGCUCUCAUGUACACCCAAGGCUGCCUGCUAUGUGUACAUGAAGGAUAUCAACAUCAAACCACCUAAAGGCAACGCGAAGUACGUCUGCACCAACUUGUCGGACCCCAGCGAUGUCGGCAUCCCUUGCACGUCAAAGUAA